GCUGCGGGAAAGAUUUCUUUUUAAAAGUUUUCAUUUUUAUACGGGAUUCAGACUUGUGAGGGAAAAAACUCAAGAGAAUCGUGUGCAUAAAGGACAUAAAUGUCAUUUUCAUCUGAGAUGAAGAGGAACUCGAGCGAGCGUGAGCGCGCAAAACCUGCAGAAACUGUUGGGCAAGACUACAGUCCAGAGUCACCUACAAGUAUUAUAUGUUCAUUGAUUCCCUCUCAGUCCAACUCUUUUUUCAUUGUCCAUUUCCAUGGGAUUUGUCUAUGGGAGACCUCCUGCAAGACCCCUUCCUCGUUUCUGUUCACAUCAUAACAGAUCCAGGUCAGGCGAAAACACUACAAUGUGCAGCUGACCGACUCCUCUCCCUCCUCCAUCCACAACUGACCCUCUUCAGAGUGUCAGAGCGAGUAGAAGGGCCCCAGUGCCCCACAGACCUCCAGCUAUCCCUUCGUCCAAGCCUAUCUGUCAUCCUCUUCCUGCAAAAAGAUUAUGGAUGGGAUGAGAGCCAUGAGCAUCAGCUGAGGCGUCCUCCAUGGCGUUACCACCACACAGAGGAAGUAAAAGGCUUAGCAUUUUCCCCAUCAAAGCAAGAUUUCUUCAUGCUAGCCCCUGGCACACCACUCUGGGCUCUGCGGAAAGUACAUUAUGGAAAGGAGAUUGUACGAUUCACAAUAUACUGUCGAUAUGAGACCUACAGUGAUCAGGUGCGGCUCUACAGACUGCUACUUCAUCGACCUUUAGCACAGAGGAACCGGCUUUAUAGCUUCUGUGUGGUCUACUCCAACAACUAUAUGGAGAUUCAGCUAUCGGUUAAGCAAUUACCACGAGGUCAGGAUCCUACCCCCACAGAAUGCACUCUUAUGGAGAUACGUGUGAGAAAUAUGGGAGGGCUCAUACCACUUCUGCCCCAUCCCUGUAGACCAAUCAGUGACAUACGUUGGCAAACCAAGGAUUACGAUGGGAAUAAGAUAUUGCUGCAGGUACAGAGUUCAAAGGAAACCACGCUACCCUCUUCAUCCUCAGAGACUCCCUCUGUUACACCAUCAAAUGGUUAUGGCCCUGAUGUCUGUCAGAAGUGUUGCUGCAGAAGUCCAUCACACUCUCAUUCUCAGAAUGCACUCAUGCAGUAUAAGCAGGAAGACAUAGAAUGUAUUCAGUGUAGCCAGGAAAUUGUGUGUGCUGGAUGGACAGAUGUCCACACUCACUCCCUAAUCUCAAUGGCAACAGAAGCAUUUCAUUCGGUAAGCACCUAUCCUUCCACCUCCCAUCCAUGCAGGUCCUUCUCUCUCACAAUGCCAAGGUUCCGGAUAAAUGUAGACACAUUAGUGGGAGCCGAAGAGACAGAUGUAGACACUGGUCAAGCAGUAAUUAGCAGAUCUAUAGAUCUUUCGGUGGUCUCAGCUUAUAUGCUCCCACAGAGGCAAAUUCUUUCAAAUGCUAGAGUCUCACAGCCUCUAUCAGAGCCUCCAAAAUUGUACAGCAUCACAUCAUCUCUAAACCCCUCAAAUAAAACAUCACUUAAAAAUAGUGUGCGCACCCUUCAGGCCAAUUUAAAGUGGAAUAGAGGGGAGAAUCGGAUGAAUGGCUCAGAAAGAAUUAAAGACAUGAAAUUGGAGGACAAACAGGAGUUCUUCAUCUGAUGUACAAUCACUAGAUCACUUACUGCUUUAUCCUAUUCAGAGUUAUAGUAGAUCCACAGACUAAUUCACUGGAGUCAUAAAUCAUUUAAUUACAUUAUGGUUAAGUAAAAUCCAACCUAAUGCAAAUGAACAUGUGCUAAUAAAAAAACAUUUGCAAGUUGCCAAAGGAAAAAAAAGUCAGAUUUUUACUUUUUUGCUGAAAUUAUAUAUACUAAAAUAAACAGGAUACCAAGUGACUACUGGCUGAAAGUAAAAUGCCUAAUAACAAAUGAUUCAUUUUCAGUCCUAAUCCAACAAAUGUGGUAUUGUUAUUUCUAAUCAUCUGGAGUCAUGCUUGUUAUAAAUAUGUAUUUGCUACAUAUAUACAGAAUAUUGCAUAAAUAUGUACGUUAUUUAACACUCUAAUGUUGUAGCUGUCACUGGCCAUGAAAAGUAUUGAUUUAUUUUUUGUCCGUAGUUAGGAAAUGAAAUCAUUCAAUCAGAAACAUUUGUUGAAAUGUUCUGAA